AUGUCUCAUCAACAAGAAGAUGGUGCUGAACAUUUGGGGGAAGAAAACAUGAUGAAAUAUGUAGAAGAUGAUAUGGAAAUUCAAUCUGUUAAUAGAGAAAAAAGUUAUUAUGUUGAUUAUGAUGAAGACGAUUUCUCGUAUAGAAAAUUGUUAGACACUACAGCUGCUCAAGCUAGAAAAGGAAAAGACAUCCAAGGGAUUUCUUGGGACAGAAUUAAUGUCACUAGAGAAAGUUAUCGGCAAACUAGGCUUGAACAAUACACGAACAAUGAAAAUAUUCCACAUUCAGAGGACAUAUUAGGGAAGGUAACAGAAAAAGGAUACUCAUUUUAUGAGUUUAGAAGAAACUCAAGAUCAGUAAAACCAACAAUUCUUCAUUUUCAGUUGAGGAAUAUGGUUUGGGCUACAUCGAAGCAUGACGCAUACUUUAUGUCGAAUUUCUCAGUUAUGCAUUGGUCUUCUUUAACUUGCACAAGUUCUAAAAUACUCAAUGUUUCGGGACAUGUUGCACCAUCUGAGAAUCAUUUUGGGAGUGUAUCCGAGGGACUCACACAAACUCGAGUUAGUACACUUGCAGUUAAAGAUAAUCUUCUAAUUGCUGGAGGGUUUCAGGGUGAACUCAUUUGUAAGCACCUAGAUGAACCUGGUGUUAGAUUUUGCACAAGGACUAGUUAUGAUGAAAAUGCUAUCACCAAUUCCAUUGAGAUUUACGCUUCUCCUAAUGGCGCAGUUCAUUUCACAGUAUCAAAUAAUGAUUGCGGAAUCAGAGACUUUGAUGUCGAGAAAUUUCAACUCUCUAAACAUUUUUGUUUUCCCUGGGCUGUGAAUCAUACUUCUCUCAGUCCAGAUGGUAAGCUACUUCUAGUUGUUGGAGACAAUCCCGAAAGUAUGUUGGUGGAUUCGCAAAAUGGAACGACUGUUGCUGCGUUAUCCGGACACUUAGAUUUUUCAUUUGCAUCGGCAUGGAAUCCUGACGGUGUGACCUUUGCUACCGGGAACCAAGACAAAACAUGUAGAAUUUGGGACAUGCGGAAUCUGUCAAAAUCAGUAGAAGUGCUGAAGGGAAACCUUGGAGCCAUUCGUUCAAUCAGGUAUACUUUUGAUGGUCGGUAUAUGGCUAUAGCGGAGCCUGCAGAUUUUGUGCAUUUAUAUGAAGUGAAAAGCGGGUAUGAGAAUGAACAAGAAAUUGAUUUCUUUGGUGAGAUAUCAGGUAUAUCGUUUAGUCCAGACGAUGAAUCGCUUUUUAUUGGAGUUUGUGAUCGGACUUAUGGUAGCCUUCUUGAAUAUGGUUGGCAUCAGAAUGUAAAAUGUGAAGAAGAUUGA